ACCAGGUCGUGUAGCCUGAGUCGUGCCCUUUCGAUCGACGACAGACAUGCGCAGGAGCGGUACUUCCGACAUAUAAAGUUCCUCGGGCUUAUCAGCUAAUUUUUUUUCUCCUCUGAGCCCAUCUUCCCUCCGUGCCUCCUCUGUUCCCUGCGAGCCACGACUGGCGGUCCUCACAAUGACCUCAACUGCAGUAGACCAAGCUUCCAACGUGGACCUUCACCAUCGCGAGCAAGAUGUUGGCGAGGCGCGUACCUCGGACGUUGACGAAGCCAUCGAAUACCGUCACACUCAACCUGCCGCUAUCCCCGAAGACUCAGCCCUCGACAUAGACGCUCCCCCAGACUCAGACGACAAGGAAGCCGAUCCCUCAUAUGAUCUCCCUUCAUUCCUUUCCGCACCCAGCACUCGCGUCCGUCGCCGUUCCGAGCUCGCAUUCUCCCGCCCCCCUCCAAAAGUCACAUUCGAAUCCUACGCCACCACUGCGUCCGGAUCGAACGCCCAGCAACCACCUCCGUACCCAUAUUCCGAAUCGUACGAGCUUCCAGCCAUAACGCCCCCUGCUAUCGACCGAGCAAAUUUCGACCUCGAGGACGGGGCCAGCAAGAUUGAUAGUACACCGGGUCCUAGUGCAGGACCUAGCAGAGCACCGUCGUUGGCGUUUGAGUUGGACGAGAGCACGACAGCUCUGAAUAGGCCGAGCGCAGCGCAAAGGGCAACGUUUAGGCGGUAUGCGAGGCUCCAUCUUGCCGCGCUCUAUUUUUGUUUCUUCUUGGAGGGAUGGAACGAUGGGACGAAUGGCCCUCUUUUGCCGAGGAUUCAGAGUGUGUAUGGGAUUGGUUUCGCCAUCGUGUCCAUGAUCUUCGUGACGAACUCUAUCGGAUUCGUCUCUGGUGCGGCUAUGAAUGUCCACCUGAGUGAUAGAUUUGGAUUUGGGAAGGUCAUGCUCGGCGGCUCGCUCUGCCAAGUUGUCUGUUAUGCCAUGAUGAUCCCAGAAGGUCCUUUUGCGGUGCGUGUCGUAGCGUACGCGAUAGCAGGCUUCGGGAUCGCUCUACAGAAUGCAGGAGCAAAUGGCUUCGUCGGUAGCCUGCAUAAGCAUACCGAACGUAAACUUGGAUUUUUGCAUGGUUUUUAUGGCAUCGGUGCAUUCGCAGCCCCGCUCGCAGCAACGUACUUCUCUACUGCACCCCACUGGACGUAUCACUAUAUUAUUUCACUCGGUAUUGCCGUGACGAACAGUAUAAUACUCGCUAUAGUAUUCAAGGGUCGGACACAGGAUGAAUGCAUGGCCGAAGAAGGACAACCGCCUGGCGAAGUUGGCGAAUCGGUUCAGAGCAAGUAUAGCCAGAUCAUGAGGUUGAAGGCCGUUCACGCUCUUGCCAUAUUCUCGUUGAUAUACGUCGGAGUGGAAGUCACGCUGGGAGGCUGGAUCGUGACGUUCAUUAUCAACGAGCGCCAUGGUGGACCAAGCGCAGGAUAUAUCUCCUCUGGUUUCUUCGGGGGUCUGACGGUGGGUCGUAUGACUCUCACUUGGCUGAACAUGAAAAUCGGAGAGCCAAGGGCCUUAGUCAUCUACACUAUCAUUUGUAUCGGUCUCGAAGCAACCAUUUGGGCAGUCCCUUCCCUCAUCGAGAACGCCGUCGCCGUAUCUGUGAUUGGCGUCCUCAUGGGCCCAAUGUAUCCUAUCGUCGUCAACCACGCGAAGAAUGUCCUUCCACGCUGGCUACUCACCGGUGCUAUUGGCUGGAUCGCAGGCAUUGGCAUAGCGGGGAGCGCGGUGCUGCCGCUCAUCACGGGUGUUCUGGCGGCGAGGUUUGGUAUAUCGAGUUUACAGCCGUUCGUUGUGGCCAUGAUGGGGUUUAUGCUUGCGAUCUGGGCGGUAAUUCCGAAGGCACAACGGCGGGCGGAUUGAGCCCUCACCAAAACAAAAAAGACAUGCGAACGUGUGUCAUGUUCAACUACGUCUAGCUCCGGAUGGUCAGAUUUCCAUUUGGUUUCCCCGACGUUGAUCCUUUCGAUCGUGUUCAAAUCUGUUCAGAUUAUCUGUUGUUAUAGUACCGGCGGGCCAAGGCCCAUUGUGCGGCGUCAUGUUCACUCGUCUAGAUGCUCUUCAUCGUUCUUUACGCUCUCUUCAGAGCAUGCCAUUCGCGUGGGUGCCUUGCAUGGGGCUCACCUCUUGUUAUCUCUUUGUAACUAGACUUUUUGAUCUUUUGCUUUUGUUCUCGUCGUUCCUCGUUGUCUUGUUUGUGUCUUGUUUGUAGAUGUACUGGCACCCUAGAGGCCUUUGUGAUCAAUUGACUGUGUUGUUUGCACCCUUAAAACGAAAUAUACAUGUAUAUAGACGUCAGAUAGUUGCGAACGUUCAGCGUUCAACUUUUCC